UUAUUCUCGUUUCGAAAUUAUCAGGCUGUACGGUAAUUUAUUGAUUUUGUUUGGCGGGAAUUUAGAACGGGGUUUUCGUGGUAAUUCGGGGGUAUUUAAGCGUUACACAGGUGUAGUCGUCACUUGAGGCUAGAAUUUUGACAGCAAUACACAUCAGGAUGACAGAUGAAUCGAGUGUUGAACUGAGGAAACAGGUUGUUUCAGAUUUAGAGCAGCUUUUCGACAGCAAAUUUUCACAGCUCAAGAGGGAUUUGACAGCAGAUUCUGAGUGGAUAGCAGAAAACACGAGAAAGAAGGUUAGAACUGAUAAUUCAAUUACUUUAAAAAACUUGUCAAACAGGAAACAAUUUUCGUUUAACUCAGAGAUUCUUGACUUGUUGGCUUCUAUUAAAAAGGCAGUUGAGCUUAGAGAGGCAAAAAAGGCCUAUGAGUUUAUUGAAGAAGCUUCUGACAAAAUUAAGCACAGAAAUAAAUUGAUCAGAAUCGCUGACAAUUCGCCCACUGGUUGGGCAACCAUCCAAGAAUAUGAAUUGUAUGAUAUGGCCAGCGACUCCGAUGAUGACAAGAGAAUUCGUAGGGCUGAAGAGAGAGCAAAAAACAAAAUUGAAAAAUCUAAAAAGUCUGAAAGUCCUUCAAAUAUUAAUCAUGCUGAUCAGUCUUUUCGCAGCUUUCGUGGUAAAAACAACGGCGCCAGAACUCCAAUGGCGGGAAGAUUCGUUCAGAGAGGAGAAGUCGUCUGCUUCAAAUGCGGAUUGGGAGGACAUUUCGCUUCCGGCUGCGCAACAGACAUUUCCCAAUCAGGAUCCAUGGGCUCCACGCCAGCACCAACUUCCGGUUCAGCAACAACUGUGGCAGAACAAUCCAAGAAGUGAAAGCUUGCAUUGCGACCAUCAUGGCCUCUAUAGUACUCAGAGAUGGACAGAUGUUAAAAAUCAUUGUUUUUUGAUUUCGGACCAGCCCGAGGAAUUGUUCUCAGAAGUAAAAAGUACUGUUUCAAGCGGAAAAGAACAAUCUACUACACGUCACUUAUGCAUACUACAGGGAGAUAAUGAAGUGUUAUGUACACAGGUCGCUGUUUGCAGAAUACAAGGCGAUAUUGCAGUCUUAUAUGAGAGGUCAGUUUAUGCAGGAUACAGAGUGAUAGUGUAAUGUUAUGUUCACAGGUCACUAUACUUUAUAUAGAAUACAGUGUGGAAACACAAUAUUAUGUUUACAGGUCACUUUAUGUAGAAUACAAGGUGAUAGUAUUAUGUUCACAGGUCAUUUUAUGCAGAAUACAGGGCAAUAUCUAACGUUCACAGGUUUUUUAUGCAGAAUACACGGUGAUAAUGAGAUGUUUGGUACAUACUUCCCUUAAUGUAGAAUACAAAGGGGAAAUGAAGUGUUAUGUUCAUCGGUCACUUAAUGCGGAACAGGUUGCUUUAUGUGGAACGUACGGAUGAUAUCCUUCGGAGUUAUGUGCCCAGUUUACAUUAUGUUGUACGCACGGGUGAUAUCCUCAUGUUAUGUGCCCAGGUUGCUCUAUGUGGAACGCACGGGUGAUAUCUUUCGGAGUUAUGUGCCCAGGCUGCGUUUAUAUUAAAACUUGUUGUACGCACGGGUGAUAUCCUUCGAGUUAUGUGCCCAGGCUGCGUUGUAUUAAAACUUGUUGUGCGCACGGGUGAUAUCCUUCGAGUUAUGUGCCCAGGCUGCGUUAUGUUUUACGCACGGGUGAUUUCCUUAUGGUAAUGUGCCCAGGCUGCGUUAUGUUUAAUACACGGGUGAUAACUUUUGGGUUAUGUGCCCAGGUUGUAUUAGUUGGUUCGCACGGGUGAUAGCCAUCUGGUUAUGUGCCCAGGCUGCAUUAUGUGGAACACACGGGUGAUAGCCAUCUGGUUAUGUGCCCAGGCUGUGUUAUAUGGAAAAAACAAAUUGAUGACAUGUCCAGUUGACAAGAUGGUUUUGGAGAUGCAUGGAUCUGAUGUUGUCGAUAGAAUAGUGAUUGUAGCUUGGUUAUGGUGUGAUGUCAUGUCCACUGCUGACUGUUUGAGAUAAGUAUUGUUAACUUCUUGUUUGUGGCGAGAAAAUUAUACCUGAAUCGGUUGUCUUACAAUUUUGCUUCUAUUCAUCCAUAUAUUUCUAUAUUUUACUUAGACUGUUUAGUACACAGUUAGUUAGCUUCUUUUUGCUUUCACUGAACUGUUUUAGACUAAAAUAUCUAAUUAUUAAUUUCUCUUCAGAUAUAUUGUUCGUACGAAUAAUAGAAGUAUCAUGAUACAACAAUAAGAAUACAUUUGUUUCGAUAGUAAAAUAAGUAUGAAAGUAAUGCUUUCUUUAUAGCUUUCAGAAUAUACUGAUGAUUAUUUUAUUACACUCGUACUUUCUGAUGACAUCAUACUGAAUGACAUUUGAAUAUUUUAGAACUGAAUGGGCAGAUUUGAUAUAAAAUAGUACGAACCUGGAUUGGAUGCUGGAUGCACAGGAGGGCACAAUAACUGCAGUUGAGGUUAAGAAUGUUAUAGUUACAAGUCUUCAAAUUAGCACCAGAUGUUAAGAUGGUAUCGUAUGUUAUUUGGUAUUUCUUGGUAAUUUUUCCCUCUUUGUUGAACUUGAUAUUUGCUGUCAAAAUACAUAGUCUAAACCUAUACUGAAUCUGUUUUUUGUUCUGAUAAUUGAGAUUAGAGAAUAAUUGAUUUACUCACAGCUUUAGUGUGAGUAAGUGAAAUUAUUCUCGUUUCGAAAUUAUCAGGCUGUACGGUAAUUUAUUGAUUUUGUUUGGCGGGAAUUUAGAACGGGGUUUUCGUGGUAAUUCGGGGGUAUUUAAGCGUUACACAGGUGUAGUCGUCACUUGAGGCUAGAAUUUUGACAGCAAUACACAUCAGGACCCACCCACCCUCCCUUAUUUCAAGCUGAACUAAACUAUUUAAUGGACCAUGGAUAUAUCAGAGUUAUAGCUUUAUCGCUUUAUAAAAUAAGAAUUAUUGUGAUCCGACUUUAGAAUAAUUAAUUACACUAUCAUUUGGAUUCAAAAACAUGAAUAAUAUACAUUUAGAAUCAUAACUUUAAAUAAUGGUUUCGGAAAGCUGAGUAUUUUAGUUUUGAGUAACACGUUUGUACGAUUAUUAAAAGUAUGUGUUAGUUUCGUUUCAGAAUAUCUUAAAGAAUCAAGCUUACAAUCCAUGCCAAAGCCUGAUGGGUACAACAAGAGGAAAUCCACACUAUAGAAAUGUUGUAUUUACUCCGCGAAAAAUGUUAAGAUAUUUGCUGUCAAAAUACAUAGUCUAAACCUAUACUGAAUCUGUUUUUUGUUCUGAUAAUUGAGAUUAGAGAAUAAUUGAUUUACUCACAGCU